AAUUCUCUAAUACGAUGUGUUCGUCUGUACGCCUGAAACUGGCUCGUCGAACCUUGCUUAUACUCCUGGGGAGUAUGAAUUCACGACCCUCGAUGUUGUGAGAGGAAAAUCACGGAUGGAUUUCAUGGGGGAGGACUAUCGGCCUGGUUCUCCUCAUGACAACGAGCUUGAGUACCCCUCCUCCUCUCCUAGCAAUGUCCAGGCCCUCGUUGACGCGAUCCAGAAAGUCGUCGCCAGCGGUACAGAAGAGAUAGGCAUCCCACUGCGCCACCUCUAUCGGAAAUCUAGCAUCUGUAAGGAGCAUCUUAAGGGGGUUGACGCUGCCAUAUACGCCGCGCUCAGUCCUCUAUUCGAUGUAUCGCUCGUCCCGAUGAUCCUGCGUGAAAGCACGCACUCGUCGUAUGAUGCGUGGACCGAGUCUGUCACGCCCAAGUCGGUUAUAUCGGCAUUUAAAUUUGUUGAGGGAGAGGACGACGAGGAUGAGGACAGUGACGGUGAGGGGGCCAGGAAGAGGGUGAGACGAUCCACCGAGUUUCAUCUGAGCAGCGUUUCGGACCUCGUGGAGAUCAGCAGGAAGGAGUAUAUUGAACAUACAGGUAACGAGGCGCAGGAAGGUGAAUGCAGGUAUUUCGGAGGAGGAAUGUUCCUCAGGGCUAAGAAUGCGUAGUCGUAAUUCAUCUUUUCAAAUGUUUGCAAAGCAAAGAAUGAAGAUUUUAUUUGUGCAU